AACCGAAUGUAAGGGGGAUCCAUCUGAAAUUCAUAUUACUCUAUAGCUUAUCCAUUUUUUUUUCUUUGAAUCGUUAGCUAUCCACGACUCGAAUUAGAUUGCACCUUUUUAAUUUGAAUUGGUAGGAUGAACGUUAGUAUGAUAAACAGAUUAUUACAUUGUACUAUUUACUUUAGCAUGUCAUUUUACAUUAGUGUUUGCUAACGUUUGUGGUCAUGUGCAGGCCGAUGUCCUUUCAGACAAAGACGCUCCUGCUGUGGAAACCAAUCCUCAUGUACAAGACAGUGUAAGUAAUCUGUAACAACUUAGGAUUUACUUCUCUCAAACAACAAAUAUGACUUACUAGUUCGAAAUAUAUUUCUUUUUCCAUUGUUAGCUCACUUCGACGGGGAAUAGAACGCAUCUACCUGAUUUGAUUUGUUAGGAAGUAUAUUAGUUUGAUAAUAAUAUUAGCACUGUACUCUUUACUAUUCGCAUGCUCUGCAACAAAUUGUGAGGUAACGUUUGGACUCAUGUGCAGGCCGAUGCCCGUUCAGACACAGACGAUCCUGCUAUGGAGACCAAUCUUCAUCUACAAGACAGUGUCGAUGUCCUUCUGGACACAAACGCUCCGGCUGUGGAGACCAAUCCUCAUCUACAAGACAGUGAAAAUCUCCCAAGAUCAAAAGAACCUACUGUAGUUGGUGAUAGUCGAGACCCACUCGUGGCUGAAAACGAUCCCAUAUCGAAGGACAGUGGAGACACUAGUCUUGCAUUUCCCCAGCCAACAUUCUCCCUUGGCCUGACGCAGGAAGAUCCUCAACUAUCCAAAACAAGCGCCCCUGACAGCGAGGACUAUGGUGAUGAACAUAUGACAGUCGAUCCACCACCAACUUCCAAUGAGAACGAUGCUCCAGCGCCGCUUUACAGGAAAAGCAAGCGUCCACGAGUUGUUCCUAGGUCACUAGUUGGUGAUUACCAGUGUGAUAAACGUAUACUGGUGCGUGCGUGGGAGGCGCAUGUGAAUGCCACUAGAAGGGUCCCCAACGUUGACUACGCUGUGAAAUUCGCUGAACUUUCAUCGAAGCUGGAGUCCCCAUUGUAAGCACAUUCUACUAGAUAUGCUAAUGAAAAUAUUAUACUACAUCCGUUAUUUUAGCAUGCUAAAACUAUUUCUUAUAAUGUAUGUGCCUUUUACCGCAGCACAAUAAAACUUGAUGGCUUAUCUCUCACUAGUAAAGAGCUCUCUGCAAUUGUUGACAGGUCUACGCACUUACCACCAAAGGUAAUGUUUUAAUUUUAGAUAUAUAUUAAUUUUCAAUCUGGGUGAGGGCUCAACUGAUGUUGUCAAUGUUGUAGGCUCU